GCGGCCCGCAGAGCCGUCCCCACCCGCCCGCGCCCCGAUCAGCCCAGUCCCCAGUCCGCGUCCUCCCCGGGUCGCGGCCAUGGCGCUGAGCGAACCCAUCCUGCCGUCCUUCUCCACAUUCGCCAGCCCGUGCCGUGAACGCGGCCUGCAGGAGCGCUGGCAGCGCGCAGAGCCCGAGGCAGGAGGCACCGACGACGACCUCAACAGUGUGCUGGACUUCAUCUUGUCCAUGGGGCUGGACGGCCUGGGCGCUGAAGCCGCCCCGGAGCCCCCGCCGCCACCUCCGCCGCCUGCAUUUUACUACCCUGAGCCCGGCGCGCCGCCGCCCUACGGCGCCCCCGCGGGGGGCCUGGUGUCCGAGCUGCUGCGGCCGGAGCUGGACGCGCCGCCGGGACCCGCUCUGCACGGCCGCUUUCUGCUAGCGCCGCCCGGCCGUCUUGUCAAAGCUGAGCCCCCUGAAGCGGACGGCGGCGGCUACGGCUGCGCUCCCGGCCUGACCCGUGGGCCGCGCGGCCUCAAGCGCGAGGGCGCCCCGGGCUCGGCAGCCGCCUGCAUGCGUGGUCCCGGGGGCCGUGCCCCGCCGCCGACGGACACGCCACCGCUCAGCCCCGACGGCCCCGCGCGCCUGCCCGCGCCCGGAGCGCGCGCUCCCUUUCCGCCGCCCUUCGGCGGCCCGGGCUUCGGCGCGCCGGGGCCUGCCCUGCACUACGCGGCCCCCGCCGCCCCCGCCUUUGGUCUCUUCGAAGACGCGGCCGCCGCCGCAGCAGCCCUGGGCCUGGCGCCACCCACCGCCCGCGGUCUCCUCACGCCUCCCGCGUCCCCACUGGAGCUUCUGGAGGCCAAGCCCAAGCGCGGCCGCCGCUCCUGGCCCCGCAAGCGUACCGCCACGCACACCUGCAGCUACGCCGGCUGCGGCAAGACCUACACCAAGAGUUCGCACCUGAAGGCGCACCUGCGAACGCACACAGGUGAGAAGCCCUACCACUGCAACUGGGACGGCUGCGGCUGGAAGUUCGCGCGCUCAGAUGAGCUCACGCGCCACUACCGCAAGCACACAGGCCACCGGCCGUUCCAGUGCCAUCUGUGCGACCGUGCCUUCUCGCGCUCCGACCACCUGGCGCUGCACAUGAAGCGGCACAUGUAGUCCGGACGCCCCCGCCCAGCUGCGCGCGGCGGUGGCAGGUCCCACAUGCCGCCACGGCCCCCUCUUAAACUGUGACUGGUAUUUAUUAGACCCAGAAGACCGGGCUGGGCUCAGCGUGGCCACGGAGGGGCUCCCCUCCCACCCCCAACUCCCCACGACGACGCCACUGCCCCAGCCCCCAUCUGUGACUGAAGGCCCGGUGGGAAAAGACCACAAUCCUCCUUGACGAAUUUUGUUUUCAAAAUGGUGCAAUAAUUAAGUGUCGUCUUUCUUCCUGCCGGGUCUACACUAGAGGAUCGAGGCUUGAUGCCUUGUGAAAAUUACAGCCUUAAUUUGUACUGUCAACGACUUUUUUUUUUAUAAUAUUGUACAUAGUGACUGUGACAGAUAUUGUAUUACUGUAAAUAGGGAGACAGGUGGGCAUUUUGGCUGCCUGGUUGGUUUUUAUAAGACUUACGCUGUUUUUUUUUUUUUUAAUUAAAAAAUAUUUUGCAUCUUUU